CUUCAUCAUGGCUGAAUACCUGCUGUUGCUCGUCCUCAUGUGUAAGUUAAACCUUUUGUUUGUAAGUAUGUUAGCUCAUUAUGUUUUGGUAUCAGCAUGUCUUAUUGCAUGUUUACAUCAGGAAGAGUUUACAAAACAACAUGUUUUCUCCUCCAACAGAUUCCUUUUCUGAAUUGAAAGCACAAGCUCCUCUCCCACCUAAACUGACUGUGAAUCCACUGGUGAUCACAGAGACAGACUCAGUCACUCUGAACUGUCAGACUCCAUCGUCUGUCUCUGUGUCUGAGUGUUAUUUUGUCAUUGAAAGAAGACCUGCCCGAGGCUUCUCUUGUCUGAAGACUCUGACAGGAACUGAGCUGCUCACAAUGUCACAUCAGAGUUCACCUGCUGAGGUCAAAGUGACCUGCUCUUACUUAAAAGCGUCUCAGUCUCCAGAGAGUGACACGUCCUCCAUCAUCAUCCGAAUCUCUCUUCCACCUAAACUGACGGUGAAUCCACUGGUGAUCAACGAGACAGACUCAGUCACUCUGAACUGUCAGGCUCCAUCGUCUGUCUCUGUGUCUCACUGUUUAUUCUACACAUUAAAUGGAGGAUCCAUGAGAGACUCUUCUUGUCUGCAGACACUGACAGGAACUGAGCUGCUGAAGGUGUCAAAUCAAAACAAAUGGACUUCAUCUGCUAAGGUUGAAGUGACGUGUUUUUACACUGUAAAAUUUGGAAAGUCAAAUUCUCCAUCUCCACACAGCGACACAUCCUCCAUCACCAUACACAUUCUGACACCACAGAUGAGUCUUCAGCGUUUUCCUGGUGAAUACGUUCUCUUCACUUGCACUCUGCCUGGAUCUGCUAAUCCUGAUACGAGAUGUAACUUGUACUUUGGAGAAGGAAGAAGUCCGGUUAAUACAACAACAACCAUCUUGAAUCCAAAAACCACAACAACAAAUCAGUGGUUUUGCCAGUUUUCUGUCACAAUUGAUGAGUUGCUGAGUCGUCUACGUUCAGUUCAACAAAGAGAUGCCAGCUGUGAUUACAGUGUGGGAAGUGAACCCAACUCUUUGUCUCCUCGUAGUGAUGGAUACAGCUUGGCUGAUGUUAUGGAAAUGGAGUUACGGACAACGCAGACUAUACCAACUUUCAGUACAACCACAGGUACCACAGCUCUGACUGCUGGCAGGCCAAGUGCCUCCUCUCCUGAAACUCCUGCAGAACAAACAUCAGUUCAGCCUAUUGGUACAUCAAGUAUCACAACUGGUUUUGGCUCUACUUUUCGGACCACAGUGGAACCAGCAUCAACAGAAAUUUGGAUAUUGAGGUCUGCAGCAGCUGCGAGUGGUUGUGGAGUUGCUUUGGGCAUCGUCAUGCUGGUUUUAGCAGGUCUCUGGAACAGAAGAAGAGCUGGCCCUGAGGAAGUGAAAAGGCAGCAACCUCAAAGUGAGAAUUAUGAAACAUACCAUAUGUAUGCCGCCAUCUCUGAGGAGCCACCUGCCGUGAAGGACAUGGUGUAUACCACUGUGCAGGCACACUGACAUGCAAACAGUUUCAUACUGUAGAGAAAAAGCAUUUUACUACAUGGAGUUGUAUGAUCUAGACUAAUAUCAGACUGCUGGAAUCUCUUAUUCUCAGAUCCAAAAAAAACUGUCAAUUUUUAGUCACAUCCCAUUUAUAUUUUUGUGGUUUAGGACAAAGCACAGCAUUUCAAUUUAGCUUUUUUUUGUCUUUGGUUCAAGAUUAAAAUAUAUUUUAAUUUAUAUCAUACCUAGCAAGACUUCCCUGUAUGUAAUUUGAUUUGUAAUGUCUUUUAGCAUCUUUUCUGUUGAUCAUAUUUCCGUAACUAGAUAUACAGUAUUAGGCUCAAACAGUAUUAUACUUUGAAUUUCUCCAUUUUACUCAGGUGUCUUAUUUUGUAUAAAACCCAGAUGAAUAUACAUUUUAUUUUGUUUAGUUUGUCUCUUUCAGUUCCAGAUACAACACCUACUACAGACCCUACCACGCUCCAUGGUAUUUUCGUGUGAACAGCCAUUGUGAAAAUUUAAAGUUGAGAUAGAAUGGGAUGUUGGUGGAAAAAAUACUGCACUGGGUUGGAGCAUCCUUAACAGCUAUUCUGUUUUCCAACUAAAAGAUGAUUAUAUUUCAUACGACUCCCCCAAAGUAUCCAUUUAUGCAGCAAUACGUCAAAACCCCUCUUUUAAGCCACGCCUGAUAGAUGCUGUCUUUGCACACUGGUCGGAUUUCUUUAUCAACAAUCAUUUUGCAUCUUUUGCUGAACUUGAGAUAAAAUUUGAUCUCCCUUCUAGUCACUUUUGUCAUUGGCAACUCCCCCUCUCCAUAUUAAACAUGCUUGGGUCAAGGAUACUGAUGAGGAGAUUUCAGAUGAGUUGUGAGGAAUGGUGCUGCAGAGAAUCGAAUCCUGUUCCAGAAAUGCUAAACCUCAACUUAUUCAGUGUGAAGUAAUCCACUGACGGCACGUUUCUAAGACCAAAUUGAACGUCAUCUUUCCUUCUGUGUCUGCUAUUUGUGUGAAGUGUAAGUUGAAUCCUGGGACCUCAGGUCACCUCUUCUGGGCUUGUCCCAAGCUCAGGAAAUUUUGGGAUGACAUCUUUCUUUUCUAUAGUACUGCAUACAAUAUAUAAUCUAUAAUAUAUUUUCAAAAUAUGAAAUCUAUUCUAAAAUAAAUUAAAAAAAACAAGAACUGCCUUGGGUUCCUAUAUUCUGUAGGUAGGUAUUCUUGUAGGUAAUAUAAAUUUGAGGAGGCCCAAAUGAAUGUGAAGCUGGUCUGACGUGUCUGUGAUGAAAAAUGUGCAAGCUAAUGACAAAAAAUGGCCCAUAAAAGCUCAUGGAAAUGUAUCACAUAUUUUACAUUUAAAAAAGUACAGUGUGCAAGAGGUCAGGAUGAAAAACAUCUUUGUUUGAAAUGUGUGAAACGUUUGCCAGCACUUGUGGAACCAUCCUAAACUUCAGCUCGGGCAGGCAGGAACGACAUACAUGGAACACCUUAACCAAGUUGCUGGCGUUGUACGUGUCAUAGUGGCAUAGUAUUGAGUCUUGGCUGGAAGUCCCAAGGUUUGAAUGGAAGACAUCUUCCAAGGUGGUUGAGAAUGACCACGCUAGGAUCCUGUGGGCCUUCCGGAUCCAGACCGACAAAAUGGCGAUGUCUAACCAGCCGGACAUUGUGGUGGUCGACAAACAACAGAAGAAGACAGUGGUGAUAGACGUAUCAAUCCCAAGCAACAGCAACAUCAGGAAGAAGAAACACGAGAAGCCUGAAAAAUACAGAGGACUGAAAGAGAAGCUAGAAAAGACUUGGAGAGUAAAAGCAAUAGUGGCGGCAGUGGUCAUUGGGGCACUGGGAGUUUGGCCCCCAGCCUGGAAGAGUGGCUCCAGGUACAACAUCUUUGGUCUAAUGUAU